CACGCGGAGGAGGGAACGUGCUGGGUCACUGGGGGGAAAGUGAGAAAACUGGGCAGACACCAAACUGCAACAAACAGAUACAUUGCGUGCUCUUGUAUGGCUGGAAAAAUGCAAGCACCCAUUGUCUUUGGGAGGAUAACAAUUUAAGAGAAGCCCCGAUUGUGUGCAUUUGAGAGUGAAGGGUUACUACCAGUUCUUUGAGAAGGUUACUUGCCAUGGCAUUGAGACUGACACUCCCUCUGACUAUAAUCCUUGGUGUGCCUCUCACCCUGAUGCUGGCAUCUUCGGUGGCGAGCGAGGCCUGUCUCAUGAUUAGCGAGGUAAAUGCAGACAAUCCCAAGCUGGAUACCACAGAGUUUGUAGAACUGUAUCACUCGAGUGGCCAGAGGACCUCCUUGGAUGGCUACACAUUGGUCUUCUACAAUGGUAACGGAAACAUAGCCUAUAAGGUGAUAGACCUCCAGGGCUACACCACAGAUGCCUGGGGAUUUUUCCUGGUGGGCUCUGUCGACGUCCAGCCCAGGCCUGCCAUCCCCCUCCCUCCCAAUACCGUGCAGAAUGGUCCGGAUGCGAUCGUCCUCUACCGCUCCGGCGCGGUGCAGUACAGUGAGAGGAUGAACGUAACAGUCGCAGGGAUGGUCGACGCCAUAGUGUACACAACGCGGCGAUCGGGGGAUGCAGAGUUUCUGGCCAGCAGCCUGACGCCGGGCUCCCCCGCCUUCGUGGAGGACGACACCGCGCACGAGGGGGACGAGUCCAUCGAGCGCUGCUGGCAGUCGGCGGGCAGCUGGACCUUCCAGGUGGCUCCGCCUUCCCCCGGCCAGCGCAACCGCUGCACCCCGCCCAAGAGCCCGGGUGCACGCAUUAAUGAGCUGCGGAACGGACACUGUCCGCUUUAG